CCCCGAGUCCCUCAGGGCCUAGGCAGACAUAAAGGGUCUGCCCCCGAGCCGCGCGUCAAAAAAAUCGAAAAAUCCGGGAUCGCGACCUGUUUCCCCCCCCAGUCCCUUCCCUUUAAGCAAUGAACAACAUCAUCCAUCCAUUCAUCCCAUCUUGAAUGAAAUUAACACCUCGAUUGAAGAAAUGAAUCUGCUGUCCACCCUCGUGGUGGUGGUGGCCGUAGGUUUGGCGAACCUCAUCGCCGCGCAGGACUGCAACGCCCAGCAGGACGAAUACGGGCAGGGGACUGUGAUAUACACGCAGGACCAGCUGGACCAGUUGACGCAGAACUGCACCACCCUCUACGGGGAUCUGGUCGUGGGCUCCAACUACACGGGCAGCUUCAUCGUGCACAAUCUGACCAACAUCACCUCGAGCAUCUCCGUCCAGAACUCCACCGGGCUGACCUCGCUCGAGGCCCCGGAUCUCAUCUCCCUCUAUGUGGCGGGCUUCAGCUACGCCUCCUCUCUGCGGUCGAUCUCGCUGCCGCAGCUGCAGACGGCCGAGGUCUUCACCGUCAAGAGCCGCACCCCGCUGACCGUGUCGGCCCCGAACCUGCGGAAUGUGAGCUACCUCAACGUGCUGGGGAGUGGCAUCAGCUUCGACUUUUCCAAGUUGGAGAACAUCACCACCGGAUCCUCGAUCUGCGGCGAGUCGGGAUGUGAUACGCAGUCGAGUCAGGUAAUGAAGAUCGACCUGCCCGCGCUGCGGCAGGCGGCGAGCCUGUAUGUCGGCGGGAACGUGUCCAGUCUCUCAUUACCGGUCCUGGCAUCUGCCGGCAACAUCACCCAAGCGACCACCAGCGGCUACGGCGACUAUGACGCGGGCUUCACCGUGCACACGACGCAGCACCUCAACUUCUCCGUGCCCGCGCUCAGCUACAUGAACGGCAGCCUCUCGCUGCGGGGAGUCAUUGAUAGCAUCUCCGCUCCAUCCUUGCUGAACGCAACAGCGGACAUCCUCAUCGAAGCCUGGACCCCACUGGCCGUGAACCUGUCCAGCCUCGAGUACGCCGAUGACAUCACCGUCACCGGCGAGAUCACCAGCACGGACUUCUCCUCCCUCAAAAUGGUCAACACCUUCUCCCUCUCCUCCUCCAAGCAUCUCAACUGCGACAAGGUCCUCUCAUCCAACACGAGCGUCAUCCACGAACACUGCGACGCCGCGCCCGCCAAGAAAUCCACCUUGGCCCGCAACAUCGGCAUCGGCGUCGGCGUCGGCGUCGGCGCGUCGCUGCUGCUGGCCGUCGCCGGGAUCGCGAUCUACCGGCGCAGACACGCUCUCACCAAAAAGAAGCGGAAGGGGAAGCAGGCGGUCGGGGCGGGGGCGGGGGCCGGCACGGGCGAGGACAACAGUACGCUGGAGUUGAGGCCGGUGAGCAGUGGGGAGCGGCGGGAGGGGGAUAGUCGCGGGUCGUUGGAUCGAGGAGCCGACAGUGAGGGGACGACGCAGAGCCAGACGGCGGCGGUCGCGCCGGCGGUCGUGCCGAGCGAGCCCCCGCCGCCUUAUUCGCGGUGGGGGUGAGGUUGAGGUUGUCGGUCGACGUGGCAGAGUGUCGAGGGAUAGAAUUCGUAAUUUCGUUGUAUAUAGUUCUUACAUACAUAUUUAUAGACUUGCUUAGCGGGGUUGGGGAUAGAUCAUAUAUAUUUUUAUCAUUCGGGGU